AUUUUCAUCACUACAUCAUUUUCCUUUGCAAAUAAUUUGAUUUGUUCCAAGAAAAAUAUGGGUUUCAAUUAUUUUAGUGCAAUUUUCCUCCUUGUAAUAGCCACCGUGGUGGCGGCUGGCCUAGCUGAAACGGUGGUCGUUGGUGGGUCGGAGGGGUGGCGGUACGGCUACAACUACACCGAUUGGGCUCUCAAACAUGGUCCCUUCUACAUUAACGACACUCUAGUGUUCAAGUAUGGUCCUCCGAGCAAGGAGAGCCGGCCGCACAGUGUGUAUCUGCUGCCGAAUCUCUACAGCUACGCGACAUGCGAUUUCAGCAACGCGAGGCUGUUAUCGAACCUGAACGAGGCGGACGGGAACGCCUUCUCUUACGUGCUAAAUCAGUGGAGGCCUCAGUACUUGGCCAGUGGAGAGGGCGACGGCAGUGACUGCAAAGAGGGGCUGAUGAAGUUCUUUGCUGUUCCUCUGCCUCGUUGGUUCAAUUAAGUUCACAGAAACAGUAGAUGAAAACUAAGACAUACUGAAUAAAUGUUUGAGCAAUGAUCUAUUGUUGCUGCUGCUAUAUUGAAACUUUGAUGAUCUUUUUCUGUCCUAAAUAAUACAAAUCAAGAGACAUGAUGUAUUAGUACUAUUUGCAAAAUAAAUGGUAUAGAUCUUUUUAAUUGACCGAUGUU